AUGAUAAUUGGCGCCGUAAAGCACACGGUGGGCGCCCACUCCCCUGUCGAUAUCGGCGCAGCCAUCCUGUAUUACGACGGAUGGGACCAGAUCUUGUUGGAAAGAUUGGAAUUUCCAUUCAACAUCAUGCAGCCCCUUGCCCUAGCUUUGCUCAAGCUGUCUGUCCUAUUCUUCUACCGGCGACUCUUUGUCGGACGAAUCUUUGACAUCGCCAGCUGGACACUGAUUGGCGUUGUAAUCGCCUGGGGCGUGACAUUUGUGAUUGCGCUGAUGACAAUGUGUGGGGCGAGCAUCACGGCCAAUUUCGGCACCCUGAAUGACCUCAUGACCAGUUGUAGUCAUAGCUUUGCCAUUCUGAUUGCGCUGUCGGCAUCGGACGUGGCCGUCGAUCUCAUCAUCUUAACCAUUCCACUGCCGCUGGUUCUGUCUCUCCACCUCAACUUGCACAAGCGCAUUGGGAUUAUAGUGGUGCUGCUUGUAGGGUCAAUGACGACGGCGUGUGGCAUCGCGCGCAUGUCACUAUUCGCUAGGAUUCUCGGACCCAAAUUGCUCUCCACUCAAACCGUAGGCGGCGUAUCCUCGACCGAUGACAUUGGCAUUGUCAGCAUCCUCAUGUUCUGGGGGACGCUCGAAACCGGGGUGGCGAUCGUGGCCAUCUGCCUCCCCAUCCUGUACCGGAUCGUGCGCGACGUCUCCCCCGGUGCUCGGCUGCACAGCCUGCUCACGUUCCGACAGCUGUGA